AUGUCCACAAUCUUGAAAGAGAGCCAACAUCACUACGGAAACCAUUUCCAUAAUCGGCUACAUUCACCUCAGCCUUUAUUCCCUACCAAUCAUGCUUUAAUUCCACACAAUAAUAGUGCAUCAAGAAGAUCAUCUGUUGAAGGUUCUAGUCUUGGAUCAAUUUUUUCGGCUGGUUCCAAGAGCAAUAUCACAUCCACUCGUUCAUCUGGAUAUGCCUUUGAAUCUGAACCUGCUCCUCUAGCUCAACAUUUACAAUCAUUUUCUGGUGAGGGCAUUGUGUUUCGAAUACUUUGCCUAGCUGACAAGGGUCUUGAUGAUGAGAUUUUUCCUGCUCAAGAAGCUUUGUUGCAUAUUCAAACCCAUAUUGUUGAUCUUGUUACAGGAAAAGAAAAUAUUAUUACUACCUGGUUACUUCUACAAUUAGACAAAGCUGGACGCUUACAAUUAAAAGAUGAAACGUUACCUGAGAUGAGGAAAAUAACGGGUGCAAACAUAUAG